GCCGCGAGCGGGACGCGCGCGCUGCUGUCCAGCCUCGUUGUUUGUUUGCCACGCUCGGAAGCAGCCUCGGGAGGACGCUCGGCAGGCGAUACCGACGCGGCAUGUCGACGCCGCGGCUACCGACCACGACGCCGAUCGAGCUGCUGUUUCGCCGCGCUGCACCGCUGCUGUGAGACGGCCGACGGAGGCAACAGGGUCGCCGCCGAGAGCGAGCAGUUAGUGGGCAGCCAGCUCGGAUGGGCGUAUCGCGCACGAUGUUCUCCAAAUUCAAGAGCGGCUCGGCGGCGUCCGUGGCGCCCAACGUGCUCGAGUCCAAUCCAAUCUGGCAUCUGUACGACGUUGGCAAGCAGCAGGGCACCGCCGGCCCCGAGAACGUCUGGAAGAUACUCGAGGGCUUUCGCAAGAAGGACGGACAGGAAGUAUCGAUCUUUCUAUUUGAAAAAAGAUCGGUCGAAAAGAUCCACAAGCCUAAAAGGAAAGAAGCCGUCACGGAGAUGCUUCGAGUUGGAGUAAAACAUUUGGAACGUUUCCGACAUCCGAAAAUUCUAAAGGUGAUUCACGCAGUAGAAGAAUGCCAAGACACAUUAGCCUUCGUCUCGGAACCAGUACUGGCAAGUCUAGCAAACGUGCUAGCAGCGGAAGAACAGCGUCACUUAACGGAGACAUUGUCAGCUCAAACGACAGGCUCCAAUGUCACCAUGAAUCAUCAUCAUCAGCAGUCAUCGAAUCAGCAGACGAAUCGUCCGAUUUUCACCAAGGAUUACGAAUUUCUUAGCAUUGAAAUCAAGUACGGUUUGCUACAGUGCACUGAAGCACUUUAUUUUCUCCACGCGAGCUGCCAGGUGAUGCACCGUAAUAUCUGUCCGAGUAGCAUCAUCAUCACCAAGAGGGGCACGUGGAAAUUGUUUGGCUUCGAGUUCAUCGAAAGGGUAAACGAGCGAGACGGCAUCGAGCAAGUGCCACUCCCCCAAUGGACCAAUCGUUUGUCCAAGAUAACUCAGCCCAACCUCGAUUAUCUCGCUCCAGAGGUGCAGCAGAAGAAGGUGGGCUGCACCCUCAGCGACAUGUACAGCAUGGGCAUGGUGAUGUGCGCAAUUUUCAACAACGGCAGGCCGCUGAUCCAAGCCAAUCACAGUGUGUCCGACUACUUAAAGCAACAGGAAACGCUGGAAAACCACAUACACCAGCUGUUACCUCGCGUGCCGUUGCCGCUUCAAGAGUCGGUCUCGAGGCUACUGCUCAAAGACAUCAAGCAGCGACCGACCGCCCAGGUGAUCACCUACAUCAAGUACUUCAAUGAUCCGUCGGUGCAAGCCUUUCAAUUUCUAGACGUGAUAAACAUGAAGGAUCCACCACAGAAGGUUCACUUUUACAGGACCACGCUCAAGGAAGUGCUGCCCUACGUGCCGAAAAAAAUGUGGUACAUGCAUAUCUGGCCGGUGCUGUACCAGGAGGCACUGGCGAGCGAGGUGCUGGCGGCGGUGCUGCAGCCGAUAUUCUACAUCAUUCAGAACGCCACGCCCCUGGAGUACGAGGAAAUCCUAUUGCCGACGUUCAGGCCGCUGUUCUCGGCGCCGCGCUCGAUCCAAGGCACGGUGGCGCUGCUUGAGAAUCUGCACUUCGCCCUGGAGAAGACGCCGCUGGACAUCAUCAACAAGGACAUGCUGCCGAUACUUUACAACUCGUUCGAGAGUGGCACCAUCCAGAUCCAGACGGCGGCGUUCGUGGCGCUACCUAACGUGAAGAACUACAUGGACGACAUGGCGAUACGACGCACCGUGCUGCCCAAGGUGAAGAUGGCCUUCCAGAACAGCACCACGGACCAGAGGAUCCUCAUGAACGCGCUCGCGAGCAUACUCGAUCGGCUUGAGAAGCAGCAGAUCAUCGACGAGGUGCUGCCGCUGCUCUGGGACGUGAAGCUUCAGGAACCCGAGAUCAUCCUUAGGAUGGUAGGCAUCUACAGGAUAAUGCUGAGCGACAAGAAAUACGGACUGUCCGUCAAUCUGAUGGCGACGCGGGUGAUGCCGCUGCUGCUCCCGCAAACGGUCAACCCGGCGCUCACCUUCGACGUCUUCACCGCCCUGCUGGAAGUACUGCAGGAGAUGCUCAAUCACAUCGAGAGAAACCAAAGGAACAAGCUGAAACUCGACAAUCUGUCUCUUCCCAGUCUCGAGCGACACCGUCCCCUGCGCCACCAAUACAGCACCGAUAACAUGCACGUCCCGCCCUUCAACAUUCCUAAUUUGCGCAUCGAGCAGAGGAAGACAUCGUCGGCCGAGGACAUGGCCAGGAAAAAUUCCAUCGGUUCCAUGUCCAUGACGGCCUCUGCGGAAAACAUGACAGGCAGGAAGAACUCAAUGGCGGGUAUGCUGGGCAGCUGGUGGUUCGGCUCGACGUCGUCGGCCAACGCCGACAGCAAUUUCCUGCGCGUGGCCAACACCUUCACGAGCCGCCGGCUCAGCGACAACACACUGAUGACCCCGAAGAUCAGGAUCGCGCCAUCGUGCGCCAGCUCGCCCGGUGGCACGCCCGGUGGCGGUCUGCCCAUACGCAGGCACUCGAGCACGGGGCCGCAGGAGCGCCGUGGCUCCAAUAUCAAUCUGUCACCUCCCACGGGCGGCGGCAUGCCGAUAACGAGCAGCAGCGUGCCGUACCUCCUGUCAUCGAGCAUGAGCAGUAUAAGAGGCUCGCGACGGCCGUCGGUCUCGUCCACGUCGUCGCAGCAGGGCUCUGGCCUGCUCCAGCAGUUUGGCUCCGGCAUGGUAAGACAACUACCCCCCAUCUGCCUCAACCUGAAUGGACCACCACCACCAACACUCUCUCCAUCACUCCUGCAGCCAUCGGGACAACCUUCCCACUGACCCAUGGUUACAGUUACCAACUGUUCUCUGGACGGUCAUAAUCCGGUGGAGAUACAGCUGGAGCACGAGAACUCGUCGAUAAUCCUGUGAGACGGGCAGUAUAUCGGCAGCAACGACGAGUAUCGUGCGUUCAAUUAUUAAUGAUGUCACAUCUCAGCUCUGCGUCGUCGUCUUUGCGAAAGGCACGUGUAUCCUUCUUCCAGAAGAGAGUUUUGCGGUUAAAGAGCGUCGGACUUCUUCUCGUUCUCCUCACUUCGUACUUCUUCCACCCCGCCUCUGCGAAUUUUUCGCGCUUAUUCGGUAUGCUGUAUAUUUUCCAUUUCGUAAGCCAACACUCGACAAGUGUUUGCCAUCUUUCCUGUCAACAGUAAUAUUACUUGCGUUCCAUUGCAUGUACAUAUUGUCAAACAAGAGCAAAAAUAAGCAUGUGUUGUAUGUCGAAAAUAAGUUGUAAAUAAGUGCGAUUUCAAUUGAAAGUCCGACAGAGACAAAUGCUGCGGCGACAGCAAAACACAAAAAAAAAACACUACGAAAGCCUAAAAAAGAGAGAAUAUGUAUAUUCUCAAUUGUUCGUAUCGUUUAUAUGUAUAAUAAGUAUAAUCUUAAAAGAGACAAUCUAUCAAUUCAGCGCCUCGAUAAUGACAAGAAAAACUAAGUCGCGGGACGGCUCUUCAGACUAUCAAACCGAAUCAAAAGAAAAGAAAAAACAAAGAAAGAAAAUAAUAAAAAAUAUACCUUACCUUAGAUAAAUUAUACACUUCCUUAUCAUUCGAGAUAAUUAUAUUCUAGAAAACUUAAUUGUAAACUGUAAUUUUAUUAUGGAGCAAGGACGCAACAAAAAAAAAUUUAAAAAAAAAGCUGAAAGAGCGCUUAAGGAGAAAGAAAGACAUAUUUGACUAUCAGCGAACUAUAUAUAUAUAUAUAUAUAUAUAUACACACACCCACAUAUAUAUAUAUACACGUGUUUCUUCUGUCAAUUCUAAUCAUUGCAUCAACAAUCAUUACUUGUUAAGGGUAGCUUUUAUACGCGAAGGGGAAUUAAGACGCGUUAACAUGGCCCCAAGAAAUGCUAAUGCAGAAAGUAAAUAUCUCAUUCGCGUAAAAUGAAAAUUUUGCUAAGGGGAGUUUUUUCGAGCAAGCAAUGAGCUUCCGUGUGAGCUGCGUUCUUUGCUUAGUAGAAUUAUUGGUUCUAACGUGGAACUCAAAACCGCGCCACUUGGGACAGACGUCCUUCCUCUUUCUUCCUCUCUCUCUCUCUCCCUCUCUCUCUCUCUCUCUCUAUCUCUCUCUCUCGAGCAUCUUCUCGCGCUAAUCAACAUAUCAGUAUAAUAUGAUGUAUAUCAUCAGUGAAAAACAAGCUUUCGUGAUGUUUGCCCUACUCGAACAAUGAAAAAUAUUUAAAACAAGAAAUAAUAAUAAUAAUAAUAAUAAUAAUAAUAAUAAUAACAAAAUCUCUAAAACUUCUGUAUACUUUCUCUUUCUGUGAUAAAAAAAUGACGAACUUUGACGAUAACCUUGUUUCCUUUGCCCCGUCCUACAUAAAGUACUUAUCGUAUGUCCUGCGUGUGGAAGAGAGAGAAAAAAACCAUUUGUUACCGUGUGUGUGAAACACAGGCGUACAUCGCGUGCGUUGCGACGACGAGUAAUAAAAACGAAAGAAGGAACAAAAAAAAGGGAAUAUUUUACUUCCAUGAUAUAGAUUUUAACCGGAAAAUAAAACAAAAAAAAUAAAGUCAGAUUUAUAGAAAAACAAAAUGACUUUUUUACGCGGCUAAUAUGAUAAUACAUAGAGCUAUUUAUUUAUGUACUAGAACGACUUACAACUUUAUCGAGACUGCGCGCGCAGGCGUCAAAGUGGAGGAUACUUAUUGAAGUUAUAUUAUAUAGUAUAUAUACACGCAUCGCACGGUUUCAGUUGGCCCACUGAAAGUUUAUCUAAGAGAGUUUUAAAACAGAUAGCAGAGUAUAUUUUUAACGCGAGACUGUUACAUCUUUCGGCUGUCCAUUGUAUAGUCAACUUUCUACGCGGGCGUAGAAUCUUCCAAGACAAUUUAUCCAAGAUAACUAAUAAGUGUUCUAUUUUCCAUUUUGACCAUAUAUAAUAUACAUAUGACUACGAUCUUAUUAACUAGAGAUUGCUAUAUUUCAUAAAUUUUCAAUAACACAUAAUCUAUCUUUAUAAAUGGUUGAAACAAUAAACAAGUCGUAAUAUCUGACUGUUAGUUAUGAAUAUUCCCUGUUGAACAAAGUAAUACCAAUUUUAUUUGUCAGAUUUUGGAUAAGAAAUAAUCGUGUGAACAGUGGUUGCAACGUAUAUCAACAGAAGUAAACGAAUUGAUCAUAUUUUUCUUAGAAUUAGCAAGUGUUAAAAGAAAAAAAAAGGGAAAAUGAAAAACAAAACGGCAAUGAAACACAUACAAAACAAACUAAUAAUGUCAAAUCCUCAAAGUAGAGAUGCCGAAUGUGUAAAGACAAUGUAAAUCAAAUAUAAAAAGUACAUAUUUACAUAUGAAUAAAUACGCGUGUAAAAUAACAAUUAUAUUGAUUGUAUAAAAAACAAAAUAAUUUGCCACCAAUGGAGCAAUAUCGUGAGACGAUAAAUGAAAAAAAAGCCUUUCUAAAAUAUAUUCUAUCUUAAUAAUAUUUUAAAGAAAAAUCAGUGUAAAGUGGAAAGUCGUUGUCAGAAUAUAAACUAAAAAAAAAGGAAUUGUGUCUGAGUGUACGUAUGUAUAAAAAAGUUAUUUCCAAGCCAGAAACUUCAGAUCACGAUAAUAAUGAUCAAUAAUUAUAACUGUACAUGUAAACGCAACAUCAAAUGAUAAUAAUCAUUAUUAACGUGUGAUUGUAUGGUAGAUUUUAGGUGAAAUACUUUCGUCUUUUCAAACAAACUUCUUCAAUACGUGGAAAAUAAUAAUCUUCUUUUCCGUCAACUUAUGAAAAGAAAUUGUUCUUAUCAUUUUCCGUUGUAGAUUUAGAUCUUUGCUGGCAUACUACACAUUCGAUGUAAACGUGAGAUUUCAUAAUAGGAUAGAACUUGAAUUGUUUCAAAAUUAAAAGUCAAGGUAUAUUAUGAUUAUAUAAAAACUAUCAUUAAUAAUUAUUUUGCCAUAUUUUUUGAUGUGACGACAACUGAUAAUUUGUAUAAUGACUGAUUAAAAGUUAGUCUAAUGUAUGUACGAUUAAAUAAAAUUUGAUUAAUAUAAUUAUCAUUCCUUUUGUCUACAAAAGCAAAAUGUAACAAACGUUCUACAAUAGAAAUUUACUACGUAUAUUUUCAGUAUUAAUUUUACGUACUGCAAAAGCAAUAAUAUCAAAUAAGCCUUGCCAGUAUUAUGAAUAUAACUUAUUUGGCUGAGAAUGCAGAAUAAAUAAUUAAAUUUUUUUUAAUGCUAUUGAAUUACAUAAGAAAAAUUAAAAAGACAAUCUUACCUGACAACGCGUUGUAAUGCUCGUGCAGAAAACAAGUUAGAACAAAUGAAUCGAGAACUUAAUGUGAUUAACGUAUACAAUCAUUAACGUUAAUGGGAAACCCCAAUGAAGGACUUCAAUAUUUAUAAUUCAAAUCGUUACUUUCAUUUUUAUAACGAUUAUCCAUGAAUCAGUUAAAAAUUACUGAUUGAUCUUACUAUCAAUUUCAGGAGAGUGAUUAAGUGUCCUUAUUCUUAAAAAUAAUUGACGUAAUUGGAAAUGAUAUCAAACAUUAAUAUAACUAAAAUGAAUUAUUUAUGAUUUCUUUGAGAGUAUUGUGAUACAUAAGUUUCAUCAUCGAACUGACAGAAACAAUAUUUCGUCAACCUAAUUUUAAAUUUGCCAGGCAUGGCAAUGAGUCACUUGUGAGAAAGAAUAAAAUGAAAAGAAAAUCAUGUAAUAAUGUUAAGAUUCACUGUCUACGCAAUUGACAAUCGGUAGAAUUGAUGCAGGAAACUUCGCAACAAGAAAAGUCAAUCGACGAUAAAAAAUUAUUUUAUUGCAAUGUUUUGUUUGCGAGAAGCGUAAUUUCGUCCAUAAAUAACAAAUAAACGAAAGUUCACAGCCUGUGAAAGUAAAAGUCAUGGAAAUUUUUAAUGUAUUAAAAGAAAAUUGAUUACAACGUAUAAAUGGUUACUUUUUUCAAAGUAAAAGUGCCAAUUUCUGAGAUCUUAUGAAAAAUCUUUAAAAUUGAAGGAUUUUUUCAAUUUCCAGUCAUUACAUACUAGUGACAUCUUUAAAUAAUUAUGCACGUAUCGCUAUAAAUUACACUCUUUUGAAUAAUCUCAAGGUUGAUGAUUAUUUUUCCUAUCGGUAAUUUUUUUAUUCUUAUGAUAAUACUAGGUUAAUGAAUUUUGGGCUGAUCUUUUAAAGACUUAUUAUAUAUGAAUGUGCGAUUGUAGAAUAGGGUGAUAGACGUUAAAUGACGAAGUCUUUCCUACUAUAUACAUAUUGUAAUUUGCGCAGAUUCUAAAGAAAGAAGUAGCCUAGGUUAUUAUUUGAGUAGAAACACUAUUUGAAACCAGAUUUUCACUAGCAUUUUAUUCCUACAUUCAAAAUUUAAAUCAUAUCAUUUUGAUAUAUAAGUAGUUUUAUAAAGUUCAAAAUGUUUCUUCUUCUAAAUUUCAAACAAAUAAUUGAAACAAAUAUUAUCAAAUCUUUUUGCAAGUUCGUUCCUUGUAAUUUUAUUUGUAUUUUCAAUUUAAUAUUAUAAUAUAUGUAAUAACUAUGUAUAACUGUGAAUCCUUUAUAAUUGUAUAGAAAACAAAGAGAUAAAUGAAAAUGAGGUUGCAUAAAAUGUACACAUUGUUGGAUGAAGCAUUAAUAAAACUGACGAAAGUCUACAUUAGAGGGUGAAUAACAAAAAUUUUUUAAAUUAGUAGAUAUACUUUAACUCUUGACAUUUUUGUAUUGAAUAUUGUAUGUAUGUACAUUAGGUAAAGAUCAUUGAAGAAGCAAAGUAUGUUGGUAAAAAGAACGCUAAGCAAAUUAAGAAAAUUACCUAAGAGAUUUACAUGUAUAUAUAAAUAUUUUGCCUCUUGUGAAUGAAAAAUAGCCUUAAAGUAUUGUAUAAUAAACAUAUGAAGUAAUAGCCUUCAAAAUUGAAUACUGUAAGUGUAUCUAAUUAUCAAUGGAUAAAAAUGUUGUGAAAACAAUGUGAAUAUUUUGAAAGAGAAGUAAUCUAAUCCGAAGGGCAAAGUGCGUUUAUUUGUUUUUCACUACAAGCAAAGAAAAAUCCUAUAUAAAAAAGCAACGCAAUCAAUAAGGAUGCUUAAACAAUAAAUGACCUAAUCUUUAAUUGUUUCGCAUCGCCUUAACAUACAGAGCAUAAAAAAAGUAUGAUGCUCGGAGAAAAGGUAUAUUUUAUAAAACUAAAUCGCAUGCAUAAAAUAAAAGAAAAAGUUAUUAAAAAACAGUUAUCGAAAAAAAAAAAAUGCAACAGUAUCGUGUCUCCAGAAUAAAAAAAAUAAAAACAUCACUCGACUAUAUUGUACACAUAUUUAGAAUAACAAAAAAAUGCAAUGAAUGUACGAUAUCUAAUAAAUGUGU